AGAUUCACUUCACAUCACACAUCAAACAAACAAAACAUUAAACACUCCCUCAUCCUAAACCUAAAACCAAACCCAAAGCCUAAUCCUCAAUUCCUUUUACUUUUUUUUUCCCUUUUUGUCUUUUAAUUUGAGUUGUGUAAAAAUGCAUUGAAUUUAUGUUAUAUGGUCUAAUAUGGGUAGGGUGUGACUAGUGGUGAUCCAUUGUAAGCACAUUAUUUCUAAUAAGCAAAGAAAAGAAAAGAAAAGAAAAGAAAAGAAAAGAAAUAGCAUUUAUUUUGGUUUGGACUUUUGCUCGAAUGCAAUGACUCACAAGCAUUCACUCGCCUCUAUUUAAGCGUCUCUUUCCUUCACACAAAUCUCUCCCACAUCUUCAUCAUAAUAAUAAAAAUAAUAAUAAUAAUAAUAAUUCAAUUAUUCAUAUAUAUCUAUUUUGUCAUUGCUAGUGUUAGUGUUGAAGCUAACUACUACUCUUUGUUACGAAUUAAACAUGGGUGGCAUCAGCCUCGAAGAGAUAAAGAACGAGCAAGUUGAUCUGGAACGAAUUCCAAUUGAGGAAGUGUUUGAGCAGCUGAAAUGUUCAAGAGCAGGUUUAACCUCAGACGAAGGUGCCAACCGCCUUCAAGUCUUUGGGCCAAACAAAUUGGAAGAGAAAAAAGAGAGCAAGUUUUUGAAGUUCUUGGGGUUUAUGUGGAACCCCUUGUCAUGGGUGAUGGAAGCUGCUGCUAUAAUGGCAAUUGCAUUGGCAAAUGGUGGAGGAAGGCCCCCUGAUUGGCAAGACUUUGUGGGAAUCAUUGCUCUUUUGGUGAUCAACUCCACAAUCAGUUUCAUUGAAGAAAACAAUGCUGGAAAUGCUGCUGCUGCUCUCAUGGCUGGUUUAGCUCCUAAAACCAAGGUACUAAGAGAUGGGCACUGGAGUGAACAAGAUGCUGCAAUUUUAGUACCAGGAGACAUAAUCAGCAUUAAAUUAGGAGAUAUCAUUCCGGCCGAUGCUCGUCUUCUCGAGGGAGAUCCUCUAAGUGUGGAUCAGUCUGCUUUAACAGGAGAAUCUCUUCCGGUGACGAAGAACCCCACGGAUGAAGUAUUUUCUGGAUCAACAGUGAAGAAGGGUGAGAUAGAAGCAGUUGUGAUUGCCACAGGUGUGCACACCUUCUUCGGUAAAGCGGCUCACUUGGUGGACAGCACUAACCAAGUUGGACACUUCCAGAAAGUUCUUACAGCAAUUGGUAACUUCUGCAUUUGCUCCAUUGCUGUUGGAAUUCUCAUUGAGCUCAUAGUCAUGUACCCCAUACAGCACCGAAGGUACAGAGAUGGAAUUGACAAUCUGUUAGUCCUCUUGAUCGGAGGAAUUCCGAUUGCCAUGCCAACUGUCUUGUCAGUCACCAUGGCUAUUGGCUCUCACAGGCUGUCUCAGCAGGGCGCAAUCACGAAACGUAUGACGGCUAUUGAGGAAAUGGCUGGGAUGGAUGUCCUCUGCAGUGACAAAACUGGAACCUUGACAUUGAAUAAGCUCAGUGUUGAUAGAAACUUGAUUGAGGUCUUUGCUAAGGGUGUUGAGAAGGAGUAUGUUAUCCUUCUUGCUGCAAGGGCCUCUAGGACUGAAAAUCAGGAUGCUAUAGAUGCUGCCAUUGUUGGCAUGCUUGCUGAUCCAAAGGAGGCUCGAGCUGGAAUCAGGGAGGUCCAUUUUCUUCCAUUCAAUCCUGUAGACAAGAGGACUGCUCUAACUUACAUUGAUUCUGAUGGAAAUUGGCACCGUGCCAGCAAAGGGGCUCCAGAGCAGAUCAUAACCCUUUGCAACUGCAAAGAGGAUGUCAGGAAGAAGGUUCAUGCAGUGAUUGAUAAGUUCGCCGAGCGUGGACUUCGGUCUUUAGGUGUUGCAAGACAGGAAGUACCUGAGAAAUCAAAAGAUAGUCCAGGUGGACCAUGGCAAUUUGUUGGCCUGCUACCACUCUUUGAUCCUCCCAGGCAUGACAGUGCCGAAACCAUUAGAAGAGCACUUAAUCUCGGUGUAAAUGUUAAGAUGAUUACUGGGGAUCAGCUCGCCAUCGGCAAGGAAACUGGUCGUAGGCUCGGAAUGGGAACAAACAUGUAUCCAUCAUCUGCAUUGCUUGGCCAAGACAAGGAUGCUUCUAUUUCAGCUCUUCCAGUUGAUGAGUUAAUUGAGAAGGCUGAUGGAUUCGCCGGAGUGUUUCCUGAACACAAGUAUGAAAUUGUGAAGAGGCUGCAAGAGAGGAAGCAUAUAUGUGGAAUGACGGGUGAUGGUGUAAACGAUGCCCCUGCCUUGAAGAAAGCCGAUAUUGGAAUUGCUGUUGCUGAUGCUACAGAUGCUGCAAGAAGUGCCUCUGAUAUUGUCCUCACUGAGCCUGGUUUGAGUGUCAUUAUCAGUGCUGUGCUCACUAGCAGGGCUAUUUUUCAGAGGAUGAAGAACUAUACUAUCUAUGCUGUGUCAAUUACUAUUCGAAUUGUGUUUGGCUUCAUGUUCAUUGCAUUGAUCUGGAAGUUUGAUUUUGCACCCUUCAUGGUUUUGAUUAUUGCUAUACUAAAUGAUGGUACCAUUAUGACAAUAUCCAAGGAUCGAGUGAAGCCAUCGCCGAUGCCUGACAGCUGGAAACUGAGGGAGAUAUUUGCUACCGGUGUUGUGUUAGGCAGUUACAUGGCACUGAUGACAGUAGUAUUUUUCUGGGCCAUGAAAGAUACUGAUUUCUUCCCGAACAAGUUUGGUGUGAGGCACAUUAGAAAUAACCCUGAUGAGAUGAUGGCAGCUCUGUAUCUACAAGUCAGUAUCAUAAGUCAGGCUCUAAUUUUCGUCACUAGGUCUCGCAGCUGGUCGUAUGUCGAAAGACCCGGUCUUCUCCUACUAGGUGCCUUCUUGAUUGCUCAGCUGGUAGCAACUUUCAUAGCAGUAUAUGCUAACUGGGGCUUUGCAAGAAUCAAGGGAAUGGGAUGGGGUUGGGCUGGUGUAAUUUGGAUCUACAGUUUAGUGACAUACAUUCCUCUUGAUUUGCUCAAAUUCGCGAUCCGCUAUAUUCUGAGUGGAAAGGCAUGGGACAAUCUUUUGGAGAACAAGACUGCCUUCACUACCAAGAAAGACUAUGGAAAAGAAGAGAGGGAAGCACAGUGGGCUGCAGCACAGAGAACACUCCAUGGUCUUCAGCCUCCUGAAACCUCUAACCUCUUCAAUGACAAAAACAGCUACAGGGAGCUUUCUGAGAUUGCGGAGCAAGCAAAGAGACGUGCCGAGGUUGCAAGGCUUAGGGAGCUUCAUACUCUCAAGGGACAUGUCGAAUCUGUGGUGAAGCUCAAGGGACUCGACAUUGAUACUAUUCAGCAGCACUACACAGUUUAAAGAACAGAAGAGGUAACAAGCUUCAGUGGAAACUGUUUGGUGGUUUUCUGAGAUCAUAAGCAGAUAUAAUGAGGAAGAAAGACUCAAAAGGCCUAAAUCUCAAUCAUGUCUUUAGGUUAUCCAAAAAAGAAAUGUUAACAGUGUUGUGAAAAUCUGAAUGGUUACUCCAUUUUUCUCAAAUUAUGCUAGGAUGAGAGAGGUACUGUUCUCUUUUGCAACCAAAUAACAUCCUUUUUCUUUUGGGAUGAUAUUAGUGUUGUUAAGAUCACAUUUUAAUAGCCCAAUAUAAUUCUCAGUGGUUAUAUGGUUUUUCUAA